AUGUCCGGCGCGCUCGCCGCCGUCCCCACCCUCACCCAGGCCGCAAAGGAAGAGCUGGAAUGGGUGAAGAAGGAGUACUUUGCUCGUGAGCAGAUGGCGCUGGGCAAGAUCAAAGAGGGUGUCAUCAUGGCCAUCGAGCAUCCGGGCAUCGCUGCAGGCUCAGCCGCGGUUGCAGGAAUCGUGCUGCUCAAAAGGCCAAGGAGCUACCUAAUCCAACGUGUACGGCGUGUAUUUGUCAGCAAGGAGAACAUAAAUGAUCACGGUUUUAUGAAGUUCGUUUAUGGAUCGAGCUGCAACAGCAGAAAAAAGAUUCCAGAAAGGAUGGAAUACACUCAGGCAUGUAGUUCCUUGUUUGACCCAGUUAUCAUUUCUGUUUCUAUUUAUUUUUCAUAUAACAUUGGAAUGGAUGUACACCUUCUCAGGGAAGAAGGGCGUGCCAUUCAAAGUGAGUUGAAGCAAAUUAGUGAUAUUGAAAACCAAGCAGUAGGUCUCAAGGGAAUUCUCGAUCAGCUUCCAAGAGCACAUGCAUCUGAAUUUCGAUCAGAGAUUUCCAGCCUAGCCUCUCAGGUCAAGAAGGAGAAGCGUGUGCUCAACUCUGCCCUCACGAAGAUUGUGAAUUAUGGCGUCCCUAUCUAA